AUGAGCGUGUCCAUGCUCAACCAGGCAGCUGGGUUGAGGAAGAAAGGUGUCUCGAUGGAGCAAUUCACGGCGACAGCCGUCAUCGUGACAAAAUGCUAUUUGAAGGCCAAUGGCAUGGCGAUUUCGUUGGCGGCGGGGUUCGUGGGCCAGGCGGCUGCGCGCGAGGCGGCCGGGCUGGUGGUCGACAUGAUUCGCCAGAAGAAGAUGGCCGGCCGCGCGCUGCUACUUGCGGGCCCGCCCGCCACGGGCAAGACGGCGCUAGCGCUCGGCGUAGCCCAGGAGCUCGGCAGCAAGGAUCAGAAGUGUACUCCUCAGAGGUCAAGAAAACUAGAGGUGCUGAUGGAAAAUUUCCGUAGAGCUAUAGGUUUGCGUAUAAAGGAAAACAAAGAAGUUUAUGAAGGAGAGGUUACGGAACUUUCCCCAGAAGAGGCUGAGAGUACAACUGGUGGAUAUGCGAAAAGCAUUAGCCAUGUGGCAGUGGGUGAUGUUAUAUACAUCGAAGCAAAUAGUGGUGCAGUGAAAAGAGUUGGUAGAUGUGAUUCUUUUGCUACAGAAUACGAUCUUGAAGCUGAAGAGUAUGUUCCUAUCCCCAAAGGCGAAGUCCAUAAGAAAAAGGAAAUAGUGCAGGAUGUCACACUUCAUGACCUUGAUGCAGCAAAUGCACAGCCACAAGGAGGCCAAGAUAUUUUAUCCCUUAUGGGCCCGAUGAUGAAACCACGAAAGACUGAAAUCACCGAAAAGCUACGGCAAGAAAUCAAUAAGGUGGUAAACAGAUAUAUUGAGGAAGGAAUUGCAGAGCUUGUACCUGGUGUUUUGUUCAUUGAUGAGGUCCACAUGUUGGAUAUUGAAUGCUUUUCUUAUCUUAACCGUGCACUGGAGAGCCCUUUAUCACCAAUUGUGAUACUUGCUACGAAUAGGGGAAUAUGUAAUGUAAGAGGAACUGAUAUGACAAGUCCACAUGGUAUACCAGUGGAUCUUCUAGAUAGGUUGGUGAUUAUUCGGACAGAAACAUAUGGACCUACUGAGAUGAUACAGAUAUUGGCAAUCCGAGCACAAGUGGAAGAGAUUGAUAUCGAUGAAGAAAGUCUUGCUUAUUUAGGCGAGAUCGGACAGCAGACAUCUUUGAGGCUGAUCUUGAAGAAGUUAGUGGUCUCUAUUUGGAUGCCAAAUCCUCGGCUCAUCUGCUCCAGGAGCAACAAGAUAGAUACAUCACCUAGAUUUUUCCUGUCGUAG